AUGAAUAACAAUGUUGACUUCAAAAAAGUGAUAUUUACUGAUGAAAAAAAAAACGUUUUAAGUUCGAUGGACCUGACGGGUGGUGUACAAGGACGUGAGCGAUCAGGGUUCUCUAUAAUUUACGGCGACGGGAAAAUCGUGGAGAUACGGGACGGACGGAGGAAAAGGGGGAAACAAACGACGGGACGAAAACGGCAAGCGCCGGCGGAAUCGGGCACGGCUAGGCAGGCGGAAGGAAGCGAGAAACUCCCCGCCGGAACCGCUUUCGCCGAGACACCUCUUCCAGUACCGGUGCCCUCCCACGCGCUCUCUCGCUUUCGCUGCGCCUUCGGGGUUCUUCGGGCCCCUACGACUCGCGAACGGCCAGGACUCCUCGGUCCGUGUUUCAAGACGGGUCGGCUGAGUUGCCGAUGCACGUCGCGGACCCGAGGUGACGGGCGGCACAGUCAGACGCCGACCUACCGCGCUGGCAGUGCCCUCCCGCGCGCCCAGAUUUUGGCGUCCGGACGCGGAGAAGACGACGCGACGAGACGACGUCACGCGCCGGCACGGGAAUCGACGCGUCCGCGCCGGUUUCGAAGCUCCCGCGAACACUGUCCCGCGCGCACCCGAGACGGUGGGGCGCCGAGGGCGCGCGAAGCGCCGCGCGGAUCGUCCGACGAGAAGAAACCGCGACUUUUCAAUGUGACUGCUACAACGACGUUGAUAUUUCUUGAAGGCCUAAUCUCUGACUCGCCACUGGACCGACUCACUGCAACGACAGUCUAUCUCUCUCUCUCAACGUCACUCUCGUCUAACGCCCAAGUCUCCCCAACUCAGCAAAACUCCCGUUUAUAUAGCAAACCGAAGGUUAUAAGCCAGGUUGUUAACGCGCUUAACAUGAGUGUCACAAUAAGCAAAGUUUAA